UAAACUUGAGGCUGCCCCACAAUUCUCAGAUUGUCUUUGGAAAUCAGAAGGAGUAUGCUAGGGCCACUGACACGACCUUUGGAGAAUGGAGAGAAUGGAGCACAGCCUUCCAAAGUGACAAACUGAGGGCAGAGCUGAUUCAGACCUCCAGGAUGGUUGAACAGGAUGGUUGGGGGAAUAUGAUAGGGAAUUCAGGGCUGACCAUCUUGCUGGGUGAUCUGCUGGCCUGCUGACUCUCCUGGAUGUUGUGAAGAGAUUCAUGUCUGAAAAUGGCAUCUGCAGUGAUCACAUUCUGCUGUUUAUUAUUUUUGUCCACAGAGAGCUACCACCAGAGACCAAAGCUCCAUCCGAAAGUUGGUGACAUAACUCAAGGUCUGAAAGAAAAAUCAAAGACCACGGGCUUCCAAGCGCAAUGCCAAGGCAUCUGUAUGAAUGGCUCCCGCUGCAAACAGUCCUGCGAGAAGCCCUUCCAUGGAGAAAUAGGAUUCACAUGUAAUAACAAAAGGUGGCAAAAAUCCAUUGAGACAUGCACAAGUCUUACUGUCCAAACACUUUUUCAGGAGACCAAUGGAGUUUCAGUAUAUGAGCCGAGCUUAGUUGGUGGCUCACGGUUUUCUUCAACUAUGUUACUGAAUCCAGCUAAUGAAGAGCUCAUUGAAUCAGCAGCUCAAGGCAUUCAGAAGAAGUGUCCAGAUGAUUAUGCAUGUAUAAUCAAUGGUGUGAAGUCUUCAGAACCUACAUCUGGAAAUAUUGCCUUCGUAGUCGAGUUGCUGAAAAACAUAUCCAUGCAAUUGUCUGCAAAUGUCAACCGAAAGAAGAUGCAGAGUUUCAGCACAAUGGCUAACCAUGUCCUCGAUAGAUCAGUCAUCUCCAAUUGGGCCUUCAUUCCUGAGAGGAGCACUAGUUCUGUUUUGUUACAGUCAGUGAAUUCAUUUGCCAAGAAUCUCACCAUCAGUGAUGACCCUGAGAAUAUUGCAGAUGAGCCCUUCCUUCAGACCAAAGCCUUCAGAGUCAGCCACAACACCCAAGGAAAUAGUUUUAAUUUCUCUAUGAGGGUGACUGAUGGUGAGGAGGAUGUCCAAGGGGUAGUGUUCAUCCCCCGAGAAGAGCUACAGAAGCUCCCAGUUCCUUCUCAGGCCAUUAGCAUUGCUUUCUCAACCCUGGGAGAAAUUUUGGAAGAAGCUCAUUUGCAGAAUGAGAGUUUUCCCAGACAGGUGAAUGGGCUGGUUCUCUCAGUGAUCCUGCCAGAAAAGCUGAAACAAGUCUUACUCACUUUUGAGAAGAUCAAUAAAUCGAGCAAUGCCAAAGCUCAGUGUGUAGGCUGGCACUCCCGGAAUAGGAGGUGGGUCAAGGAGGCCUGUGAAACAACAGUGGAUGUUAUGGAUAAAGCCACUUGUCAGUGCAACUACACCAAUUUCCUGAUGUCCUUCUCCAUUCUAAUGUCUCCUAAGACCUUAGCCAAUAAAACCCUGGAUUACAUUACCUGCAUUGGCCUCAGCAUCUCCAUCUUAAGCCUUAUUCUAUGCCUGAUCAUUGAAAUCACAGUGUGGUCCCAGGUGACAGUGACAGAGAUCUCAUACAUGCGCCAUGUGUGCAUUGUGAACAUAGCCACAUCGCUGCUGAUUGCCAAUGUGUGGUUCAUCAUUGCGUCCUUCUUUGAUGGCAUGGCACGAAGUUACAACUGGUGUGUAGCAGUGACAUUUUUUAGUCAUUACUUCUACCUUUCUCUGUUCUUCUGGAUGCUGAUCAAAGCCCUCCUCAUCCUCUAUGGAAUACUGAUUGUGUUCCGCCGGAUGAUGAAGCCUGCUAUGAUGGCCACAGCCUUUUCUGUUGGCUAUGGGUGCCCUCUGGUCAUUGCUGCCAUUACUGUUGCUGUAACGGAACCAAGAAAAGGUUAUGUGCGGCCCCAGGCCUGCUGGCUUAACUGGGACAACUCCAAAGCUCUUCUUGCUUUUGUCAUCCCAGCACUGACCAUUGUGGUAGUAAAUCUCACUGUGGUUUUCGUUGUGGCUGUCAACACUCGAAGGCCUUCUAUUGGAAGCUCCAAGUCUCAGGAUAUGGUGACCAUUAUGAGGAUCAGUAAGAAUGUUGCUAUCCUCACCCCACUGCUGGGACUGACCUGGGGUUUUGGAAUAGCCACCUUAAUAGAUGGCAGUUCCUUAGUGUUCCACAUCAUCUUUGCCUUACUCAAUGCUUUCCAGGGGUUCUUCAUCUUACUGUUUGGAACCAUUCUGGAUCAAAAGACAAGAGAAGCCUUGAAAGUGAGGAUGUCUUCCCUGAAGGGGACAUCAAGGACAGAAAAGGUAUGUUUCCAGGGAAGAAAUGUUUGGAAAGAAGGUUGAAGAGAAAGUGGGGCUUAUGAUUUUCCUUUCAAUCCCAUUUCCCCCACUGAACUGAAACCAGGGUCAACAAUGUGAGAUAAAAUCAGGAAGAUUGCUGCCUAAAGGAUUCUCAGCUGAGCCUAUGACCUGUCUAUGGCAUGUUGAAGCCUGUAUGGACUUUGUAGAGGUUAUGAAUCUGCCUGGAAGUUGCUGUGCUCCUCUUAGGAGAGGAGGAACCCUCUUGGCUUGGCUUCUCUUGCCUAAGUUUGAUAUUUCUUUUAAGGAAAUAGGGCCUUCCUUCCUCUGUAUGGAUCCUUAGCUCUCCUGGGGUGCAUAAUGUCAGUUGAGGGACACAGAACAUACUUUGGGGAAAGUAAGCCUGAGGUGGUUUCUUACAAGGAGGGUAUAAUUGAAAAGCCCUAGUUGUUUUGUUCUAUUUUGAACUUUUGAAGAAGACACUACUGGGACCAUGGUUUCCUCACUUGUGAAAUGGGGAAAAUAAUAUUAGAAGGUGCUCAUGGGGGCCUAUGUGUGUAUGUACAUAUGUAUAAAUCAGUGUAUGCAGUGUGUAUAAAAAUGACAUAGAUGUUUGUUCUGCAUUAAGAAUAAAUGAGCCUCCCUUC